AUGCUCCUUGACCCUCAUACACAAUGGUAUAUCUGUUUCAACAUGCCGAGAUUCAAAGACAGUCGAACAUGGGCAAUACUCAGAGAGAAGUUCGAAAUGCGGAAGUCCGACGAAGAUCGGAUCCUGAGACCGGAAAACAAGGCCUCAAUGUGUCGUGGUGUGCAAGUGCAGGAUGAGUGGACGUAUUUUUGCGGAAUCUGGCUGAAAAAUCGCUCAAUAGUAAUCAUUCUUGCCAUUGCACAAUUCGUCGUUGCCACCGUAUCCUUGGCUCAGCACGUGUAUUCCAUAGCGAAUUUUAACAAGAUAUUUUUAUGCUCUUUCAACGAGUCUUCUCCGAAUGCAGGCAACUUCCUCAGCGCGGAUGUAAUCAUUUUCGAUUUCGGACUCUUUCAUGAACUGAUACAGGUGCAAGAAUGCAUAGCCAACUACCUAGAUGGCGGCUACAUGCGCUGCCUAUGGUGCUCAGGACAAAUGAUCGCUCUUGCGCUCACAGUUGUGACGUGCCUAUGCGUGGUUCAUCCGCAUCCAUUGCUGUUGUGGCCGCAGCUGAUCAUUCAGAAUGCGUACUGCUUCGGCUUAGUGAUCCUCACCAUUGCCACCGCGGACAAACUGCUGGUAUCGAUUCUGCAUCCGACCAACCCACAUCUCAGUUUGCUCAUUCUUUACUUCGGCAUUGGCACCUGCACAAAUCAUGUAUUCGAUUAUGUACUGUGGCAUUAUUACUGGCACGAGGAAUUCCAGUACACCACACGGACUGGAAAGCAUGUGAUUCCUUUCUGGGUCUGA